AUGGCCCUUGCAUAUUGGCAUAAUGAGCUACUAGCAAACACAACUUCACAGAGGAAUCCAAACAAAUUUACUGGGAGAUAUGGAAGUUGUUUGUCAAGCCCAGUGUUUCUAAAGCCUCCUGAUGGGAAAGAGUGGAAAGUGCAUUGGACCAAACAUGAUAAUGAGGUUUGGUUUCAAGAUGAUUGGAUGGAAUUUGCUAGCCUUUUCUCUCUGGACGAAGGGCAUUUGGUUUUGUUCAAAUAUGAAGGAACUUGUCAGUUUGAUGUACUCAUAUUCAAUAACUGCGCGCUAGAAAUAGACUAUCUUUCUUCAUCUAAAAAUAAUCUCAGUGAUGAUACUGUUGAAGCCUUGGAUGACAUGCCUGCAAACCGAAAGGCUGUGCGCAAAACACCUUUGUCAUCUUCUAGGCCUUGUAAGAAAAUGAGGAGUCUGCAGAAUUUGCCGGUGGCCUUCAAAACUAAUCCCGGUCAGUGUCAAGGAACAGAAUUCCAGAAAUCAACCAAUGCAGAAUUGAAGCUUUGUAAGCAGGAACCAGAGGGUGGUGCCAACAAAUUUGCUGAAAGACAUUUGAAGAAAGACUGUGGUGUUGUGCAACUUGAGGCCUUAGAUGGGAGAACUUGGCCUGCCCGGUAUAAGAUUCCAAGAAUCGAAGAUGGAUGGGAGAAGUUUGUAAUGAAAAAUGAUUUGAAAUGGGUCAAGAAGAGGACUUGCAAUCUUGCAGAAGAUCUGAAAGCUAUUCCUUUUAAAAAGGAGCAGAUCAGCAGUAUGCAACAGACUAGUUCUUUCAAAUAUGAAAAUCCUCAUUUUAUGGAUGUGCCAUCACAAUUUUCAAGAACACAUCUUCAUGACUGUACUAAGAGUGUCAAACUUCUUGUACAAGAUGCAGAUUGGCCUGUUGAGUACGUAGUUAGAAUAACUUAUCCAGGAAGUCAAGUUCGUGAAUUUUCUUGUGGAUGGAAGCGAUUUUGCCAGGAUAAUGCCUUGAAAUUGGGGAGCAGGAAGCCAACACAGUUCAUUGCAGCUUAG